UUAUAUUGCGUUCUGGUCUCAGAGAUUAUGUUUUCUUGUUCAUUCGGUUUUGUGAGUCAUUUCCUAACCAAAGACUUACAUAUUUAGCAAAGGUGUGAUGUUGAAAUGAAAGCGAUGUGGGGAAUACUAUUAGCUCUGCUAAGCAGCGUCAGACUCAGUGAAUGUUUAGUCGCUACGACGGAGUGGCAAGAAAAGUCGGAUAUAACCAUAUCUUUACCAGAGAUCCCCUAUACUUUGCAAAUUGAAACAGAGUGGACAGAUAAUGGAAACGAUCUGGUUUUUAUGCUGAAAGAUGCUGGUAAUGUCCAUAUUGAUCAAAUAGCAAUAGAAGUGGUCGCACAAACUCUGACAACAACAUCAUGUGCUGUUAUUGCACUGCCAAUCAAGAACAGAGGCAGCGGGAUAUGGACUAUAGAUGUGGAUACAACAAAGAUAAAGUUCUCCCUCAACGGAGAAUUGAUUAAAUAUUACCAAGAUCCUUGCCUCAUGAAUAGUGUUCGUGACACAAGAAAGAUUGAGUUCGGGAAUAAAGACGACAUAUCCAAACGUUUCCGAUUGCGACCAGGUCCAUGCAUUGCGUACCCAAGCGACUGGAACCUUGUAAAACCAAUGAGCCUUGAAGAGGAAAUAGACGCUGGAACUAAAGUAACGGUGGAGUGUGAAGAACCGAGAGUUAACAAAGGAAGCAGUGAGGUCACGUGUGUAACUGGGGACCAAUGGCAGUUUGAAGAGAAACCUGACUGUGCACUUCAGUGUACGGGGUUUAACACAGCAGACCUCCCGAACAUGAGCAUUGCCUCCCUCCCGGCAUUUGAGGGCACUGUGUUAAAGGUCACGUGUUUUGGAGGAACAUUCCAACUGGGAGGGAAUCACGUGACAUGUGUCAGUGGGGACAAGUUCAGUUCUGAUAAACAACCGGACUGCAGGCAAAUAGGUUCUUCCAAUAUAUAAAGACUGACGUUUUACUUCGACUA